AGUGGGAGAGAGGAGACUGUUGUUGGGCUUCUUCAAUCUUCACAAUAAAAAGGAGUGCGGUAAUCAAGUUUACAGAACCAAUAAUCUAAACGAGCUUUUGUUAAAAGUUUGCGGUUUUGUAAUCUCUUCACCAUGGCAAUGAAAAUGAAGGGCAUCUACAAAGGCUUCAAAUGCAUCUCUAAAAUAUUUGCCAUGGAGAAAGAGAGGGAGGAAAUAGAAAUUGGGUAUCCAACAGAUGUAAAGCAUUUGGCUCAUAUUGGAUUGGAGGGUUCCUCUAGCACUGGUCCUGGUUGGAUGAGUGAGUUUAUGGUCGGAGCUGAGGCUUUAUCUCCAAGAGCCUCAUCUUUUAGUAAUGCAAGACCUUCUUCUUCUUUUUUCACUUCUUCUUCCGCUGAUUUUGAUCAAGGAUCGAGUAGACGAACAGUAUGUGAUACACCAAGAGAUAUACCUCCAGUUACUCCAAUUAAUUUACCAAAAAAUAACAAGAAGAAAAGUAGAAGAAAGAAGUCAGCUUCAUCAUCAUCAUCUCCAAAGUCUUCUAGAUCAUCUAUUUUAUCUAAAUCUUCGUAUAAAUCCACUGUAUCUCGACUAAUCUAAAAGAUAUGAUAAUAGGCGCAAGGGGGGAAAAAUUAAAAAUUUCGAUCGCUAAUUUGUGCAUACUUCAGGGUUUUUCUGAUUUUUUCUAUGUGUAGACAUGUUGUAGUGUUUGGAGUUUGAAUUUUUAUGUAAAUAAAAAGACAAUAGGA